AUGAAUCUGGAUACCAAGCAGCUCUUUCGCAUCCACUUCCCUACUGAGGAAGCAGAAGAGGAGGAAGCCGUGCACAAAAACGAGGAAGAAGUUUCCGACGACGAGGACGAGCAGCUCUCCGACGGCAGCGACGCGGAAGAGGAAGGCCAAGAGGGGGAGGGCGAGUUCACGAGGAUCGUUGUGAAAGUCGAACUCGAAUCUGGCCGCUUGUGUGAAACCGACUUCACGGCCAUCGUCGUCGAAGCGCUGCGCACCGUUUUGGGCACCUGUGGUCCAUCUUUUCAGAUCGGCCACUUUAACGAAGCUACGCAAAAGGGAAGCGUCAUCGUCGCAACAAAAGAUCGUCACCUCGUUUGGGCCGCGCUCGGGAUCUACGGCAGGACCAGCGGCAACAGGAAAAUCGCCUUUCACUUCAAUCAGCUAACCUACCCAGAGCGUGAGGGACCCUUGUAUUUG